AUGGAAAGGUGCGGAAUAGUAACUCAGCUGGGCACUUGCCUGUUUAUGUGGACCACAUGGAAUUGCGGCACCGCACUCGGAACUCUCGCGAACGAAAGAUGGAAGCUGGAGUGGUGUCCCGAGGAGUACAAGGAGGAUCGCUGUUGGUUGCAAGGGAUUUUGGUUAGUAGUUUUCACGAAGAGCACUGGAAGCAAGCCAGAAGCCCGGUGAAACAAGUUCGGCCAGAUGAAGGCAUUGAAGAGAAGAUGGUAACAUCAACAGGAACCGGUCUUCUUACUGUUGUGCCAUACAGAAACUCCGCAACCAAAACUGAAGCGAGAAUGAACUGCAAUACGAAACAGUUCAAGCGUAACACUAAAUCUGCCGAUGAUGCACUGUAUGGUCCACUAAUUCGGCCAAUUUUACCUUAG